AUGGAUCCAAGUAUGAGUGUGAAUUCUGUCACCAUCUCUGUUGAGGGGAUGACAUGUAGUUCCUGUGUUUGGACCAUUGAACAACGCAUUGGAAAACUGAAUGGUGUACAUCACAUUAAAGUUUCACUGGAAGAAAAAAAUGCAACCAUUAUUUAUGACCCUAAACUGCAGACUCCAAAGACCCUACAGGAAGCCAUUGAUGACAUGGGCUUUGAUGCUGUUCUGCACAAUCCUAAGCCGCUCCCUGUUUUAACUGAGACCUUGUUUCUGACUGUUACUGCUUCACUGGCUCCACCAUGGGAGCAUAUCCAAAGAACGUUGCUCAAGACGAAGGGUGUGACAGACAUUAAAAUUUCCCCUCAGCAGAGAACUGCAGUGGUGAUAAUAAUCCCUUCUAUAGUGAAUGCCAGUCAGAUAGUAGAGCUGGUUCCGGCUCUCAGUUUAGAUCCAGGAAUUCUGGAGAAAACAUCAGGAAUUUGCGAAGAUUUCAGUAUGGCUCAAGCAGGCGAAGUCAUGCUAAAGAUGAAGGUGGAAGGGAUGACCUGCCAUUCAUGUACUAGCACCAUUGAAGGAAAAAUUGGGAAACUGCAAGGUGUUCAGCGAAUUAAAGUUUCCCUGGACAAUCAAGAAGCUACUGUUGUUUAUCAACCUCAUCUUAUCACAGCAGAGGAAAUAAAAAAGCAGAUUGAAGCUGUGGGCUUUCCAGCAUUCAUCAAAAAACAGCCCAAGUACCUCAAACUGGGAGCUAUUGAUAUAGAUCGUCUAAAGAACACACCAGUCAAAUCCUCAGAAGGAUCACAGCAAAGGAGUCCUUCAUAUACCAAUAAUUCAACAGUCAUUUUCAUCAUAGAUGGCAUGCACUGUAAAUCAUGUGUGUCAAAUAUUGAAAGUGCUUUAUCUGCACUCCAGUAUGUAAGCAGUGUAGUCGUUUCUUUAGAGAAUAGAACUGCCACAAUAAAGUACAAGGCAAGUUUAGUCACUCCAGAAACUCUGAGAAAAGCAAUAGAGGCCAUAUCACCAGGGCAAUAUAGAGUUAGUAGUACAAAUGAAAUUGAGAGUACUUCAAACUCUCCCUCCAGCUCAUCUCUUCAAAAGAGUCCUUUGAACAUAGUUAGCCAGCCUCUGACUCAAGAAACCGUGAUAAACAUUGAUGGCAUGACUUGUAAUUCUUGUGUGCAGUCUAUUGAGGGUGUCAUAUUAAAAAAGGCAGGUGUAAAAUCCAUACGAGUAUCACUUGCAAAUGGUAAAGGGACUGUUGAGUAUGAUCCUUUACUAACCUCUCCAGAAACCUUGAGAGAAGCAAUAGAAGACAUGGGAUUUGAUGCUUGCUUGUCAGAUACAAAUGAGCCACUGGUAGUAAUAGCUCAGUCCUCAUCGGAAAUGCCACUUUUGACCUCAACUAAUGAAUUUCAUACCAAAAUGAUGACACCAAUUCAUGACAAAGAGGAGGCAAAGACCUCAUCUAAGUGUUACAUACAGGUCACUGGUAUGACUUGUGCUUCCUGUGUAGCAAACAUUGAACGGAAUUUAAGACGAGAAGAAGGAAUAUAUUCUGUACUUGUGGCUCUGAUGGCUGGGAAGGCAGAAGUAAGAUAUAACCCUGCUGUCAUACAACCCCCGAUGAUAGCCGAGUUAAUCCGAGAGCUUGGAUUUGGAGCCACUGUGAUAGAAAAUGCUGAUGAAGGGGAUGGUGUUUUGGAACUUGUUGUGAGAGGAAUGACAUGUGCCUCCUGUGUACAUAAAAUAGAGUCUACCCUCACAAAACAUGGAGGGAUCUUCUACUGCUCUGUGGCCCUGGCAACCAAUAAAGCACAUAUUAAAUAUGAUCCAGAAAUUAUUGGUCCCAGAGAUAUUAUUCAUACAAUUGAAAGCUUAGGUUUUGAAGCUUCUUUGGUCAAGAAGGACCGGUCAGCAAGCCACCUAGACCAUAAACGAGAGAUAAGACAAUGGCGACGGGCCUUUCUUGUGAGCCUGUUUUUCUGUAUUCCUGUAAUGGGGCUGAUGAUAUAUAUGAUGGUUAUGGACCACCACCUUGCAACUCUUCACCAUAAUCAGAACAUGAGCCAAGAAGAAAUGAUUAGCAUUCAUUCUUCUUUGUUUCUGGAGCGCCAGAUCCUGCCAGGAUUGUCCAUUAUGAAUUUGCUAUCUUUUUUAUUGUGUGUACCUGUACAGUUUUUUGGAGGCUGGCACUUCUACAUUCAGGCCUACAAAGCACUGAAACAUAAAACUGCAAAUAUGGACGUACUGAUUGUGCUGGCAACUACCAUUGCAUUUGCUUAUUCUUUGGUUAUUCUUCUGGUUGCAAUGUAUGAGAGAGCCAAAGUGAACCCUGUUACUUUCUUUGACACACCUCCUAUGCUAUUUGUGUUUAUUGCACUAGGCCGGUGGCUGGAACAUGUAGCAAAGGGCAAAACAUCAGAGGCUCUUGCCAAACUAAUUUCACUACAAGCUACAGAAGCAACUAUUGUAACUCUCGACUCUGCUAAUAUCGUCUUGAGUGAAGAGCAAGUGGAUGUGGAACUUGUACAACGUGGAGACAUCAUUAAAGUGGUUCCAGGAGGCAAAUUUCCAGUGGAUGGGCGUGUUAUUGAAGGACAUUCUAUGGUAGAUGAGUCCCUCAUCACAGGGGAGGCAAUGCCUGUGGCUAAGAAGUCUGGCAGCACAGUGAUUGCUGGUUCCAUUAACCAGAAUGGGUCACUCCUUAUCCGUGCAACCCAUGUUGGAGCAGACACAACCCUUUCUCAAAUUGUCAGACUUGUAGAGGAGGCACAAACAUCAAAGGCUCCUAUCCAGCAGUUUGCAGACAAACUCAGUGGCUACUUUGUUCCUUUUAUUGUCAUUGUUUCCAUUGCUACCCUUUUGGUUUGGAUUAUAAUUGGAUUUCUGAAUUUUGAAAUCGUGGAAACCUACUUUCCUGGCUACAACAGAAGUAUCUCCCGAACAGAAACAAUAAUACGCUUUGCUUUCCAAGCCUCAAUCACAGUUCUGUGCAUUGCAUGCCCCUGUUCACUGGGAUUGGCCACUCCAACUGCCGUGAUGGUGGGUACAGGAGUAGGCGCUCAAAAUGGCAUACUAAUCAAAGGUGGUGAGCCAUUGGAGAUGGCUCAUAAGGUAAAGGUAGUGGUAUUUGAUAAAACUGGAACCAUUACCCAUGGAACCCCAGUAGUGAAUCAAGUAAAGGUUCUAGUGGAAAGUAACAGAAUGUCAUGCAAUAAGAUCCUGGCCAUUGUGGGAACUGCUGAAAGUAACAGUGAACACCCUCUAGGAGCAGCAAUAACCAAAUACUGCAAGCAGGAGCUGGACACUGAAACCUUGGGUACCUGCAUAGAUUUCCAGGUUGUGCCAGGCUGUGGUAUUAGCUGUAAAGUCACCAAUAUCGAAGGCUUGCUACACAAGGAUAACUGGAAGAUAGAGGAAAAUAAUAUUAAAAAUGCAUCCCUGGUUCAAAUAGAUACAAGUAAUGAACAGUCAUCAACUUCAUCUUCCAUGAUUAUUGAUGCCCAGCUCUCAAAUGCUCUUAAUGCUCAGCAGUACAAAGUUCUUAUUGGUAACCGGGAGUGGAUGAUUAGAAAUGGUCUUGUCAUUAAUAACGAUGUAAACGAUUCCAUGACUGAACAUGAGAGAAAAGGUCGGACUGCUGUAUUGGUAGCAGUUGAUGAUGAGCUGUGCGGCUUGGUAGCUAUCGCUGAUACAGUGAAGCCUGAAGCAGAAUUGGCAGUCCAUAUUCUGAAAUCUAUGGGCUUAGAAGUAGUUCUGAUGACUGGAGACAACAGUAAAACAGCUAGAUCUAUUGCUUCUCAGGUUGGCAUUACUAAGGUGUUUGCUGAAGUUCUACCUUCCCACAAGGUUGCUAAGGUGAAGCAACUCCAAGAGGAGGGGAACUGGGUAGCAAUGGUAGGAGAUGGAAUCAAUGACUCCCCAGCUCUGGCGAUGGCUAAUGUUGGAAUUGCCAUUGGCACAGGCACAGACGUAGCCAUUGAAGCAGCCGAUGUGGUUUUGAUACGGAAUGAUCUUCUGGAUGUAGUGGCAAGUAUUGAUUUAUCAAGGAAGACAGUCAAGAGGAUUCGGAUAAAUUUUGUCUUUGCUCUAAUUUAUAAUCUGAUUGGAAUUCCCAUAGCUGCUGGAGUUUUUAUGCCCAUUGGUUUGGUUUUGCAGCCCUGGAUGGGAUCUGCUGCAAUGGCUGCUUCAUCUGUUUCAGUAGUACUUUCUUCACUCCUCCUUAAACUUUACAGGAAACCAACUUAUGAGAAUUAUGAACUACAUGCCCGAGGCCAGAUGGGACAGAAAAGUCCUUCAGAAAUAAGUGUUCAUGUUGGAAUAGAUGAUACCUCAAGAAAUUCUCCUAAACUGGGUUUGCUGGACCAGAUUGUUAAUUACAGCAGAGCCUCCAUAAACUCACUGCUGUCUGAUAAACGAUCACUGAACAGUGUUGGUACUAGUGAACCUGACAAGCACUCACUCCUGGUGGGAGACUGCAGGGAAGAUGACGACAGUGUGUUGUAACAGGCCACAGAGAGUGCUGCUAGAUAAUGUUGUUCUGCACUGACACAGCAUUCAUGAUCACCUU